AUGCUCGCUGCAAAGGCGGUCCUGCUGCUCACGAUGCUCCUCACCUUCUCCCUGCACCGCAUCACAGCCCACUUCACGCCCACCGAAUGCUGCUUCAAGUACGCGCAGAAACCCAUCCGACAGAUGCAGAGUUUCUACGAGACGCCCCGCGAAUGCUCCAUGCCCGCGGUCGUGAUUGUGGCUGGCCAUGGGUCCGAGAUCUGCGCCGACCCCAAGAUGUCCUGGGUGAAGAAAGCCAUGAAAAAGCUUCGAAGGAAAAAGUAA